CGGCGGGUUGAGGGCUGGAGAUGAGCGGCGACCUGCUCACGCUAGACUGCCUCGUCCAUGUCUUCUCCUACCUGGAGGCACCGGAUCUGCUCCGCGCCGCGCGGGUGAACCAGGCAUGGAACGAAGCCGCAGGCACAACUUCCCUAUGGAGAAGGAUGUGCCUAGAUCAUUGGACCUUUUGCAAUAUUUCCAACCUGACUCCAGGUAUGCAGACAUGGAAACAGUACUAUCUCCACCGCUCCAAACUUGAGCAUGAAAUGGCAUCAGGUCGGCCAUCAGCUGAUUAUAUAUGUCGGUCCAUGAGAGGGCAUAAAGGUAAAAUAGUUGGUAUGGCUUAUCUCUCAGACAACGAGCACGUGUUUGGUGGUGGAAAGCUGAGGUCUGUGGUUUGCACUGCAUCUACUGAUGGCACUAUCCGAGCAUGGCAGGUCCAAGAGGGUACACAGAUAUGGUCAAGUCCCUCCCAGGAAGUGCCAUUUGUAAAGGUUAUUACUGUCCCAGAGUACAAACUAGCAAUCAGCACAGACACCCGUGGAACCAUCAAAGUCUGGCAUGGAGAAAGUGGGGAAGAGCUUGCUGCAUUCUCCACAUCGUCAUCCUCGUCCAGUUUGGUUGCCUACUCAGUGAACGACAAGCCCUUCCUAACUGCAGCCACUGCAGGAGGUGCUAUCUAUACACUAGAAGUUCCUAAUCUAAAUCAGGUUUCAUGUAUUACAGCAUUUCAAAACUCUAGCAUUGAUUUAUUACUUUGUUCACCAGACGAGCAAUGGCUAGUUGUUGGAUCUACUGAGAAUGCAGAUACAUCUCCAAAGAUAUUUUAUACAGAUUGCUUGAUUAACCCGGCAGAUGAAUCACCUGUAUCUAGUUCGCUGCCUGUCAACAAUUGUGCUGUAGUCUGCUGGUUACCAAAAGCACCAGCAAGAAUAGCAGUAGUGCACCAAGAUCGCAUGCCAGUUCAAAGGAACAUCACAGUGUUUGAUCUAGCUCUCAAAAAGUCUAAAUAUAAAAUGGAAGUUCUAGCUCAACAGGUUGCAAGUUUCACACUACUAGGAGGAACAUGGACCACAGAAAUUCUCAUGAAAGGACAUGGAACAGAAACAAUUCUUUUAGGAUGUGGAGCAAACUUAGAACUAUAUUCAAUUUUUGGGACUCAAUUAGAAGCUUUCCAGCAUCACAACAAUACAAUCACUUCAAUAUGGGUGGAUGCUUUUCGUGUUGUCACAUCAUCUUUGGAUCUCUCACUCCGUGUGUACACAUGGAAAAAAGUAAACAAAAUCUCUUCACUGACAAGUCGCUAUUAUUUACUAGGGGGAACCCACAGAUGGUCAAGGGGCUUUACGGAUGUGGCAUGUGACAACAUCAGCAUCGUAGGUGUGGUGGCUGAAAGUGAUGAAACAAGUAUUUUAAGAGCAUAUUCCUUUAACCUGUAAACAGAGAAAUAUUUAAUGAUCCUUCAUCAUUUUAGCUGUAGUUUUGGGU